AUGUCACUGUCCAUUGAAGAAGUUGGUCCUGCCAUCAUGUAUGGCGGCCUUGCCCUCGUAAUGGGGUAUGGAACCUAUGUCCAAAAGGAACCUUCAUGGAUAUUUCCGGCCAUGAUAUGCGCGGGAUUUUUGGGUUUCACCGUCGCCACUAUCGUUAAAGAAGGCUUCCUUGCUGUGAUCCCCGCUCUUACUUCGAAUUUCUGGAGUAAUCAGGUCUGGUAUGACCUGCUGUUUGCGGUGGGACUCUUUUGGUUUGCUCUUGUUGAACGUGCCAAGAAAGUCGGAAUGCCUUUGUUACCCUGGUUCAUUUAUGUCGUUAGCGCUGCAAGCAUUGGUGGAUUGAACAUGUAUGCUCGAAUCUUGUACCUUGAAGAACAGCAAGGUAAAGGGGAUGAUGCUCUUUUGAAUGUCAACGAUGGUCCCCUCUAA